AUGUCUACCCCCUUGCCUACCGAGGACCGCCACGAAGAGGCUCCCACCGUGACCGCAACUACACAAGAAUCUCAGCCCGCGCCAAGCACCAACACUGCACCAGCACCAACACCAGCCCCAGCCCCGACCCCGAUCCCAGCGCAAUCGCAGAAAGUAGCUGUAGAUGACGACGAUGAAGAUUCAGACUUCGAUGAGCUAGAUGACGUCCUCGACGACUUCAACAAACCCAAACCCGCCCCUCCUAUAAAUCCACCCGCACUCCCUGCCACCACCAACCCGGAUCCCUCAACAGGAAUCGCACCCCCAGACUUCGACGAAGAUGCCUUCCUCAAGCAACUCGAACAAGACAUGGCGAACAUGAUGGGGCCAGGCGGAGGCGCCGGUAGCAGCUUAGACCCCAACUUCCAAGCAACGGUCGACCAAGGCGCCGACGUUUUCGCAAAACAGCUCGAAGAGAGCGGGAUCCCACCAGGUGAUUUCCUCAAACAGCUCCUCGCCGACGUGAUGGCCGAAGAGGGUGGUUCUGGAGCCGGAGCUUCAGCAGAGAACCUCGCUGCAGCCGCAGCCGCGGCUGGCAUCGCUACUCCCAGCGCUCAGGGUUCCUCUAGUACGCCCGCUACAAACGCAGGCAUAGAACAACCCGCCGACUCGUUCAACGACGCCAUCAAGCGCACAAUGGGCCGCAUGAAAGAAAGCGGUGAUAAAGCUACCGCAGCGGCAAGUAAUGAAGAUGACAUCUCCGAGGAUAUGCUGGCGCAGCUGCUCAAGGCUGUUGAGGCGGGGGCAUCGGGUGCUGGCGAAGACGGAGAUCUGUCGAAGAUGUUCAUGGGUAUGAUGGAGCAGCUGUCUAAUAAGGAGAUGCUGUACGAGCCGAUGAAGGAAUUGGAUGUCAAAUUCGGGCCGUGGAUUGAGAAGAAUAAGGGCAGUGGCAAGGUUUCUGCUGAGGAUAUGGAGCGGUUUGAGACCCAGGCGCGGGUUGUGAAGCAGAUUGUGAGCAAGUUCGAGGAGAAGAAUUUCUCGGAUGAUGAUCCCAAGUGUCGAGAAUAUGUGUGGGAGAGGAUGCAGGAGAUGCAAGCGGCUGGAAGCCCGCCUGAGGAACUUGUUUCGAAUCCCCUCAUGGAGGACCUGGGAGGUGCGGUUGGAGCUGGCGGAGUGCCUGAUUGCCCGCAGCAGUGA